AUGGAAGCCGUCACUGUGCUCGGCAACAGCACUACGCCAGGAGACAUAACAUUACCAGAGUGUGAACCAGAAGUCCAGAAGCUUCGCAAACUCGUCAGUCGGUUCCCAUCUGGUCGCAAGACACUAUUCAUUUACGGGCCAUCCUGUUCUUCAUUCCUCUACAUUGCAAAGUCCAUUGCCAAACACACGCCUGCCUUCGAGGUCCACUACGUCCGCACCCGCCAUUUCCUCAGCAAAGCCUCUGGGAAGGACGUGCAGAACCUCAUUCAGUCACUCUUCAACCGCAAUGGUGAUAAAAAGAAACUGCUUUUCUUCUUCAACAUUGAAGUCAUCUACGGUAGCUCGCUGUCGAGAGACGAAAUCACGGCAGCAGAAAUCUUCAAGGCCCAGUUUCCACGAAGGGUAAAUGACGUCAAACAAGCUACCAACAACUGGCUCAUAGUCGCGUGCGCUUCCAAAGAGCCUUGGCUCAUACCCGAUGAAGUCGUGGACAGGUUCGAAGAAAUGCUCUAUGUUGGUCUUCCUAGCAUGACGGAACGUGUUCGACUCUUCCAGAGCUACGUCGCCGAGAAGCCCAGCCUUCUGGCGAACAAGAACUACGUUCAGCUGGCCCGCAUGACGGAGGAAUACACGUACUCGGAAAUAGGCAACGUCAUAGAAGAAGCUCACUUGGGGCCUUUCAAGCGGAUUGAGUCGGCGACACACUUUCGGAAAGUGCAAGGCUUCUGGGAACCCUGCACUGCGGCUGCACAGGGAGCCGUAGAACUGGCCUGGCACACCCUCGAGCCGUCGGCUGUCAGAGAACCCCUGCGCUACGAAGACGUACUCGAGGGUUUCGUCAAGGUGGAACGCAAGAGAACCGACAAACAUUUUCAGUCGUAUCGUGAGUUCGAAGAAAAACACGUGCGUCCCCAGAGCCCGAAGGAACUGAGUGCAUGA